AUGCAUCACUUGAUCUUCAUCUCCAUUCUCAUUUUCUUCAAUGUAUUGAUUCUGCAUCCAAUUAAAGCAGAAACAAUUUCUUUCGGGUUCGAUCUUAUUCAUCGUGAUUCAAAAUUCUCUCCAUUUUAUAACCAAUCCAUGACUGAGUCAGAGCGCUCAAGGAAAUCCUUUAUCCGUUCCCUCAAUCACCUCAGUUCAUCUAUAUAUAUGGAUGAAAAGUUUAUCGGGUCGUCUGAUUUAACUAAUAUCGACGGUGACUAUUUCAUAAGCAUAUAUAUAGGUAGGCGAAAAGUAGAAGGUAGUCCAGGAUUAAGGGAGCCAAUUCAGCUACUUGGUUACCCAAGCAUGUCAGAUGACCUUACUUGGGUACGAUGUGGUCCUUGUACCAAGUGCAAGUAUCAACAUCAAUCACUAUAUGAUCCAAAAAACUCAGAUACCUAUCAUCAAGUUAGUUAUGGCUCAAAAAAGUGCGAAGCUAUAAAAAGUAAGAUGAAGGGGGAAUCAAAUGAGUGCAAAUACAAGUAUCGUUCUAGCGACGAUAAGUUCGAAUCCUCUGGAGUGUUGAGCACUGAAGCGUUCUACUUGAAAUCCCCUGGUGCGCAAAAUAAAAAAUUCUCGGAUAUUGUGUUUGGAUGCGAUCACGCACAUAAAGGUAAUUUCAAAGAUGGUGUUCAAGCUGUUGUUGGUCUCGGUAGAGGGUCAAAAUUAUCACUGGUUUCUCAAUUGGGAAAAGAAAUUGGUGAAAAAUUCUCCUACUGCUUGGCUAUGCAGUCAGUAAGUGAUCUUAGUAAGAUUAGAUUCGGAUCAGAUAUUAAACUCUACAAUCGCACGAAAGAAUUUAAAGCUAAAAUUACCUACGAUAGUCUCUAUCCCUUCUACUACCUCAGUCUUGAAGCCAUUAGCGUUAAUAUUAAGGGCAAGAAAAUAAAGAUACAGGCUGAACAACAACUCAUGAGGGUUGAUAUUCAAACAGCGAUAACAACAUUCCCUCCGACAAUAUACAAUCAACUCCUUAAUGCGUUUAAAGAAGAAGCUGGCAAUAUAAAAUCAUUCCAACAUCCGGAAUACGGCACUUGCUUCCACAAAAGUAGCUUUUCUGGCAGAAUCCCCGAACUUGUAUUUCAUUUCAAUGCAAGAUUUGGAUCUAAUGCAGACCUUCAUCUACAACAUAAGCAAUUUCUUUUGGAUUAUGAAGACAUGAUUUUCAGUUUAAAUAAGACUCAGCUCAGCUCAGGUGAGGCCCUCUUGAUUCACUCUGAGUUACUAUGA